AUGAAUGCCGAUAAGUAUAGCUCAGGAAAUUUGGUCUUGGAAGAUUCUGAUGAGGUAUUGUUGAGAUCAGUGGAGUCUCUUGCGAAAAAGCUGGAGCCCAAGCCACUGUUUGCCUUUCGCUUUAUGUUCUUCUCAGUGAUUCUGAUUCUCACCAAGCUGUAUGACUUUCACCUUGGCAGUGUAACGGAAAGCACUUUAUGGAGAUCAACGGAUUAUGGCAGCACUUAUGAGAGGCUGAAUGAUAAAGUGGGAGUCAAGACCGUUUUGAGUUACCUCUAUGUCUGCCCCACCAACAAGAGAAAGAUAAUGGUGUUGACUGACCCAGAGUUUGAAAGCAGUAUUCUCAUCAGCUCGGAUGAAGGUGCCAGUUAUCAGAAGUACCGCUUAAACUUCUUCGUCUUAAGUCUUCUUUUCCAUCACACUCAAGAGGACUGGGCAUUAGCCUACAGCCACGAUCAGAAGCUGUAUAGUUCAUUUGACUUUGGCCGAAAGUGGCAGCUGGUUCACGAGCGAGUGACUCCGAAUCGCUUCUACUGGUCAGUAACCGGUCUGGACAAGGAGUUAGAUCUGGUGCACAUGGAGGCCCACACUGAUGGCCAUUGUCAGUAUGUGACAUGCAGAGCUCAAGCCUGCUCUGAAUCCAGUAGGACAUAUCCAUUUUCUGGCUAUAUUGAGACCAACUCACUUGUGGUUCAAGAUGAAUAUGUGUUUGUUCAGGUGACGACCACUGGCAGAGCGAGCUACUAUGUGUCCUAUCAAAGAGAACCUUUUGUACGCAUUAAAAUCCCCAAAUACUCCCUGCCCAAGGACAUGCAUAUUGUGAGCACAGAUCAAGGUCAGGUUUUCACCGCCGUCCAGGAGUGGAACCAGAACGAUACCUACAACCUGUACAUAUCUGACACGCGUGGCAUAUACUUCACCUUGGCCCUGGAGAACGUCAGGACCAGCCGUGGGCUCGGAGGCAACAGCAUGAUCGACCUUUACGAGCCGUUUUGCUCGCUGCACCUACAACUGCAGAUGUCAGAGAACCCGUACCUCUCAGGCUCCAUCUCCACCAAAAGCUCGGCGCCGGGAGUCAUCGUGGCUACAGGAAAUAUUGGCUCUGAGCUGUCUUACAAUAAUGUGGCGAUGUUCAUUUCAUCAGAUGCAGGCAAUAACUGGAGACAGAUUUUUGAGGAAGAGCACAACGUGUGGUUUUUGGACAAAGGUGGAGCUUUGGUUGCCGUGAAGCAGCCCACUGUGCCUACUAGACAUCUUUGGAUCAGCUUUGAUGAAGGUCGUCAGUGGACACGUCACAGUUUCUCAGCCUUGCCACUGUUCGUGGACGGUGUUCUGGUGGAGGCAGGUGCAGAAAAUCAGAUCAUGACGUUUUUUGGACACUUCAGUCAUCGUUCUGAAUGGCAGCUUAUCAAAAUUGACUACAAGUCCAUAUUCACCAGAAGGUGCACAGAGGGAGACUACCAAACCUGGCACCUGCAUAACCAGGGUGAGCCAUGCAUAAUGGGUCAAAAGCAGAUCUACAUGAAGCGUCGUCCAGGAAACUACUGCAUGGUUGGAUGGGACAACUCCAGGAUCCUGUCUGCAGAACCCUGCAUUUGCAGAGCACACGACUUUGAAUGUGAUUAUGGUUUUGAUAGAAGAGGGGAUGGAAACUGUUUGCCUGCAUUUUGGUUCAACCCUUCCACAUUGUCUCGAAGCUGCAGUCAAGGGCAAAACUACCUCAACAGCACAGGGUAUCGUAAAGUGGUAGCGAAUAACUGCACAAAAGGAGUGAAGGAGAUGUACACAGCCAGGAAACAGCAGUGUCUGAACCGCCCCCCGCGAGGUUUAGUCCUGACAACCCAUGACGACAAACUCACAGCCAACAUGGGCAGCAAUGUGACCUUCCUGGUGCGGCUAGAAGAGGGCGACUCUAUGAGGACAAACAUUCAGCUGGACUUUGGGGACGGUACGGCCGUGUCCUACUCCAACCUGAGCUGGACGCAGGAGGGCAUCCGGCACGUGUACCGCAGCGCAGGCAUCUUCAGAGUAACAACGCUGGCGGAGAACAGCCUCGGGUUCGACACGUCAUCCCUCCACCUGCAUGUGACGUGUCCUGUGGAGCAUAUUCAGCUGCUGGCUCCAUAUGUGGUCAUUAAGAAUAAGGAGGUGAACUUGACGGCAGUGGUCUGGCCUUCUCAUUUCAGAACGCUCACCUAUUUCUGGUGGCUGGGGAACAACACGGAGCCCAUCAUUACGUUGGACAGCAGUAUUUCCCACACGUUCAGCACUGAGGGCAUGGUCACCGUCACUGUUCAGGUCUCAUCAGGAGACUCUAUACUACAGAACACCAGAAGCAUCGCCAUACAAGAAUUCUUCAAAUCGCUUCUUUUAUCUUUCUCUCCUAAUCUGGACGAGGCCAACCCGGACAUCCCGGAGUGGAGACAGGAUGUGGGUCGGGUAAUUAAGAAGGCUGUUCUCCAAGUCGCUGACAUUCCGGAAGAACAGCUGCUGGUGGCCGUGUUUCCUGGCAUUCCGACUGCGGCCGAACUCUUCCUGCUUCCUUCCAGGAACCAAUCGGAUGGCAGGAAACGGACCGAGGAGGAUCUGGAGCAGAUAUCAGAAAUCUUGGUCAACGCAUUAAAUCAGAUCUCUGUGGAGUUCGAGUUGAAACCUGGCUCCCGGGUCAUCGUUUACAUCACACAAUUAACUUUAGGUAACAAAACUGUUGUGCUACAUACUCCUCUGUUGGGUGCUAUAUACUGUUCCCUCGAUUCUCCUGGAAAAAUCCCUUGGAUUAACAUCUACGCAGAGGUGAACCAUGAGAAAGAGCAGGAGAUGAUCAGUACGGUGGGCCAGAAUGACGCCACACCAAAAAUCACCCUGAAUGAGUUCUCCACCCAGAAAGAACUGAUGGAGAAAGAGCUGGAGGCCUGUGCCAAACCUCCACUGGUUGACUCCAUCCCAAGACACAGCAGUUCUGCUAUGCUGAUGCUUCUGUCUGUGGUGUUUUUGGGUUUAGCAGUAUUUCUCAUCUACAAAUUUAAGAGGAAUGAAAUGAUUGGGACCUGGCUUUCCACAGAGCUUGAUAAAAGACCCUUGUCAGGGAAGUUGGCAGCAUUGUCAUUGCACAUUGUCAUUUCAGAACUCGACCCACGAGAUUGCUCUCGCCAGGUGCUGCAUGGUGGAGUGAUGGAUGUUUUCUGCAUCCAUCAGCCUGGUUAUAGUGGUCGUAAUGAGGAACGGUUGAAAUACUACAGAGACGCCAGGGUUCAUGGACUCGACUUCCUUAGCGUAGCUUCUUAUGACUUUACAAAACACAAGAGAUGUGCUGCAAAAUGCAGAUUUAACAAAGUGGUGAAUUGCCAGUGA